AUGCCUGGCCCGCGUCUGCAAGGCUGCCGCUCCCUGCACUUGAACGAGGACAACGGCCGCUUCGUGCUGCUCGCCCUCCUUAUCGUCCUGUACCUGCUGUGCGGCGCCGCGGUCUUCUCGGCCAUAGAGAGGCCCUCGGAGUUGAGGGCCCACGGCCGCUGGAACGGGACCCUGCGGAACUUCAGCGAGACCUUCAACAUCAGCCUGGGGGAGCUCAACUCUUUCCUGCGGGAGUACGAGGCGGCCAUCGCCGCCGGGAUCCGGGCGGAUGCUCUGAGGCCACGAUGGGAUUUUACAGGAGCUUUUUACUUUGUUGGAACUGUGGUAUCAACUAUAGGUUUUGGAAUGACAACACCAGUGACUGUGGCAGGAAAAGUGUUCUUGAUUUUCUACGGGCUCCUGGGCUGUGCGGCGACCAUUCUCUUCUUUAAUCUCUUCCUGGAGCGCAUCAUCACGCUGCUGGCCGUCGUCAUGAAAGCUGUGAGGGAGAGGCGAAUCAGGAACAGCGGCCUCCUCCCACCGGGGAUCGACCGGGACUUCUCUGCUUUCUGUCUGCCGGGGUGGAAGCCCUCUGUUUACCACGUGAUGCUGAUUCUAUGCCUGUCAGCCAUCACCAUCUCCUGCUGCGCUUCGGCCAUGUACACCCCCGUGGAGGGCUGGGGCUAUUUAGAUUCACUGUACUUCUGUUUUGUCACCUUCAGUACAAUCGGCUUUGGGGACUAUGUAAGCAGCCAGAGUGAGGCUUACGAAUACCAAGGCCUCUACCGGGUGGCUAACUUCCUAUUCAUGUUAACGGGAGUGUGUUGCAUUUAUUCGCUCUUUAACGUUAUCUCUAUUGUAAUCAAGCAGGUGCUCAACUGGAUGCUGGAGAAGAUGAGCUGCCUAUUUUGCCAGCGCUGCAAUAAAGCCAGCACCUUUCUGGCCAGACGUAACGCCAUCCGACCGGGUUCUAGGGGUCGUAACCUGCCCGAUUCGGAUGGACCGUUUGACAGUGACACGGAAGGGCGCAGGUUGUCAGGGGAGAUGAUCUCUAUGAAAGACCUGGCAGCUUCCAACAAGGUUUCGCUGGCCAUCAUGCAGAAGCAGCUUUCAGAGUCUGCUAACGGGUAUCCCAGGACGGUUUGUGGCAGCUCACGGCAUAACGGUUUCUCCGGGGGGGUCGGUGCCCUUGGCAUUAUGAACAACAGACUAGCAGAGACCAGUAACUCUAGGUAGAGGGUUAGUAAGACAUUCUUGCAUCAGAAACCCUGCUCCGAAGUAAAUAUGUUACAGGACUGGAUUUAUACGGCCAAUUUCCGCUGUGAUGACAGUGAUCCAUGACUGUUAGAUGGCGAUGGCAUGAGAAGACAGUCAUCAAGCAGCAGGGUAAAUGAUUCUGGGCGAGUGCCAAACGCCAAAUGCAAAAAGCUGCGUGCUUAUGAGACGGACAUGUGAAGCCAAGAGAAGCAUCCAGAGCAAUCUCCUUUGUGUAUAUACAUUUUAUUUGAAUGUCCAUAAUCAGUGGUGAUAAUAUAUUUAUUUAAUACUAAGUAUAAUCACUGGAUGAUACAGCACAUACCAAUCUAUGCAUUAUACAUGUCAUGUAUUAUUUUGCACCACGUGGAGAACUUCUGUUGGUUUUUUAGGCGCCACGUUUUCUUGGCACAGGAGCGGAGUUUUCAAGUAUGAUGUAGCAGAAUCGGUCGAGACUUUUAGUUUGUCGUACCAACAAGGCAACAAAGGGACAUUUUGCAAUCCUCUCUUGGAGAAAAGAGCAGGGUUGAAGAAUGAAAACCCAUUUCUCCAGAGAGUCACUGGCCCUCUUAUCAGCUCUGAACAUGCUUCCGUGGCCAAAGACUUUGACUUGAAGGGUAAAAAACGCACCUGGCAAGGUUUCCUCCCUCCGCUCAGAGCUGACUGUGUAAAAGAAAACAAACGAUAGAGCUUUGCAAUGAAUUAAUUGCUCUUUGAACCCAAAAGAUGUAUUUG